UUUAAUGUGCAAGGUGACUCUGGAAACAUUCCAGAGUGGCGCCUUCCCUUUGCGCGCCACCCAAGCAGAAGGACGUGAGGACGCGCCAGUGUCUCCCGCCCCGCAGCAGCGCCGCCGCCUCUCAUUUGCCACUCGCGCUCCCCGCGGGCGGACAUGCUCCUUGCGCGCACGCAGCCGACAUGAACGCCUUGGCGUGCGGACUAUGUUGGUACGUGUGCGUGCUGAGUGUCGACGCGUCUUGGUGGUACAUGAGCAGUCUGGGCUCCCGCGUGAUGUGCGACAACAUCCCGGGUCUCGUCAGCGAGCAGCGCCAGCUGUGCCGCCAGCAUCCUCGAGUGAUGCAAGCCAUCGGCGCCGGCGUGCAGGACUGGAUCGCCGAGUGCCAGCACCAGUUUCGCAACCACCGCUGGAACUGCAACAUCGUGGCGCGGGACCACAGCCUCUUUGGACGACUGCUGCUCCGCGGUGAGGCCGGCACGGGACCUGAUUGGGUCUUGAGUCCUUUUGCGUGCGAGUGUGCGUGUGAGGUGACGAUGCCAAGUGGGUAUUUCAAACCACAAUCUGUUCUCGGUUACCUUCAGUGGAUGAAUAAAGCGGUGAAACGAAUGACUUCAAGCGCAGGAGACGCUGACGGUGUGACGCUCGCUCCCCCUCCAGGCAGCCGCGAGGUGGCCUUCAUCUACGCCAUCUCGUCGGCGGGCGUGGUGCACACGCUGGCGCGGGCGUGCAGCCGCGGCGAGCUGGACUCGUGCUCCUGCGACCCGCGCAAGACGGGCACUUGGCGCGACCGGGCCGGCGCCUUCGACUGGGGAGGCUGCAGCGACCACGUGGAGCACGCCGCCCGCUUCGGACACGCCUUCGUGGAUGCCAAGGAGAGGAAGGAGCCCGAUGCGCGCGCCCUCAUCAACCUCCACAACAACAGGGCCGGACGCAAGGCGGUGAAGCGUCUCCUAAGCUUGGAGUGCAAGUGCCACGGCGUGAGCGGCUCGUGCAGCGCACGCACCUGCUGGCUGGCAAUGGCCGACUUCCGCCGCACCGGCGACGAACUCCGCCGCAAAUAUGAGCGCGCCGUCCACGUGGCCGUCAACCAGUACGGAGCGGCUCUGACGACACUGAGCGCGGCGGGAAGACGCACGGCACCGGGGAAGAACCAGCUAGUCUACUCGGACGAAUCUCCCGACUUUUGCGUGCAUGAUCACGACACAGGCUCCGUAGGUACGGGUGGCCGGCGGUGCAACGUGACGUCUCGGGGAGCGGACGGCUGCUCGGUCAUGUGCUGCGGGCGAGGCUACGACACAGCGCGGGUGAGCCGCAGUGCCAAAUGUGAAUGCAAAUUCCACUGGUGCUGCGUCGUGCGCUGCAGAGACUGCCGCCAGGUGGUGGACGUGCGCACUUGCAAGGACCACAGGUGACCGUCACCCUCAGCGAAAUGGUGAACUCGUUAAAUACGGUUAUAAAAAGUUGACACACCCCUGUUCAAGUGCGACAUUUUUGUAGAAUGAUAUAUGAGCCCAAGAUAAAAAAUUGCAGACCUCUUGCCACCUUUUUAUGUGACUUGUCACCUGCACAUCUUAGGGGGUCAGGAAAAGCCUACUAGACCAGCUGAACUUUGGCCUGAACCAGAGAGCACUUUAACGUUGCGCUGACCCCCACUAAAUGAGUUGGAAUGUUAUUGGUUGUUCUAAACAGCUGCGGCUACGUUUAUAAGAGGGUGUGCACAGUUGUGCAACCCCCCAUUGGUUUCUUUUUACCUUUCUUUCUAAGAAUUUUUCACAACACUUAAAAGGUUAUAGGUCACAUUAAUAGGAGAAAAAGAUUCUAAAUUAUGUCUUUUUUUAAAAUCAUAAAAACAGGGGUGUGUAGACUUUUAAUAUCCACUGUAGGUUGCUAUUUAGUGGAUUUGGAGUGAUUCCUAAUCGUGAUAUGUGAACUACUUAUUCCUACAAACAUGUUGCGAUAUUUGCUGAUGCCCUCACCCAAAUAUGGUCACACGAGCCUUUACAUUCUCAAUGUCAUUUUUGUUACCUUCAUUUCGUUUUUUUAAAUUCCUAAACUUGGGGAAUUCAAAAAGUAUUUAUUCAUUUUUUUAUUUAUUGUUUUAUUCCUCCUUCCGUUUGAAAUCAUUGUCAGUUUUGUUUUUUUCUACACAAGUAUCUGUACUUCUAAUUAAAAAAUGUGACUACUUUUUCCACUCGUCUUUCAGUCGCUAGAGACUUGAUGGGAGAACUUUA